AGAUAGAUAGAUAGAUAGAUAGAUAGAUAGAUAGAUAGAUGGAUAGAUGGAUGGAUGGAUGUUCGUUUUCUAAGUUUGUUCUCUGCUUCAUCAGAUCUCAUAGAGGCGGACUAUCAAAGCCAUAACAGAUCUGCUUAUCUCCGCCUCAACGGAGAGCUUCUCCAUAGAAGGACACUUCAUGUGUGCAACUCAUCCAGACAGACCAAAGACAGCACUGCCUCCUGACACACUUCACCUCACCAAUCUGUAGACAGAAUUAUAUCCGCUCAUUAAAAAUGUCGAUAUUUCCGGGGAUUUCGAUGAAUUUCGGGACACGGCGAAGGUAACCGCCCGCCGGUUCUCUGCUCUCUUGUUGGGUUCUCGUUUAUCCAGCGGGAGGUGAGAGCGAGUCUCUUCUACACACAGUAAAGCGCGCCAGUUUCCUUCUUUCUGCGGAUCGUUUAGGGCGCCGUCAGAACAGAAGAGGGUGGAGAAGAAACGCUUCCAUACACGGCGAUAAAGGUGGAGGUUGUCAGCUGAUUGUAAUUGAUCUGCGCUGAUCAUGAAGGGCAUCGAGAUGUUGCGCCGCUCCUCGGUGUUCGCGGCUGAAGUCAUGGAGGUGUUUGAUCGCUCUCCCACGGAUAAGGAGCUCGUGUCUCAGUCUAAAGUCUUGUGCAGGGAUUACAUCCACUCCAGACUCCAUCGGGCUGGGAUCGGAUGGUCUAAACCGGAGCACGCAUCCGGAGGGACGCUGGCGGAGGUGUCUUCGGUUCUUCUGUGGCUGGGUGAUGAGCUGGAGUACCUGCGACCCAAUGUGUAUCGCAAUGUAGCAAGACAGCUCAACAUCACGAUUGCCUCUGAGAGUAUAGUCUCCGAUGCCUUUUUGGCCGUUGCUGCAGAAAUCUUCUCUACAGGUGUGACGUGGGGGAAGAUUGUGUCUCUGUAUGCUGUGGCCGGAGCUCUAGCUGUGGACUGUGUUCGGCACGGCCAGCCGGCGAUGGUGCACACUAUUGUCGACUGCAUGGGCGAGUUUGUUCGCAAAAGCCUUGUGUCAUGGUUAAAGAGGAGAGGAGGUUGGGCGGACAUCACAAAGUGUGUGGUCAAUACAGAUCCCAGUUUCCGUUCUCAUUGGCUGGUGGCAGCUGCCUGUGCCUGCGGUCACUACCUCAAGGCCGUGGUCUUCUACCUGCUGAGAGAAAAAUAAAGAGCAGCACAAACAAGUGACGGACAGCUGGACUCUUCCAAAAACUGGCAGAAGAGGUUUCUAGUCACUGCUUAAGCCUUUCACUGCUCUAGAUGCGUUUACACUUGCACAAAGUUUGCACUUUUCCUUUAAAGGAUAUUCUUGCUCUCCGAGAUGAACCGUUAUGUGUUUAACCUGGCCUCUUGCACUCUAGGCAUUCCUCGCUGUUACCAAUUUUAUUGAACCUAAUGUUGAUAUGCAAAAUACCAUGGCCGGCGGGACAUAGCUGAGAGGAAGUUAUCGUGACCUUUGUAUUUUCGCGUGAAAUACAAUGUACUCGGGCCAGUGCUGCCUCGACCAAUGUUGUCUGAUCAGAACGUUUCUCUGAUUGUAAUUGUAUUAUUCACUGUCUCGAGUAGUUUUGAUGAUCUCAAAAUGCUAAAUGUCCACAUUGCAGUAUGAAAAAUGACCAGGAGUUCAUGAGAAAACGGACCUACAAGAAAUGGAGAUUAAAUUCUUGUAUUUCUCAAGGGAAAACUCCAAACUACUGUAUGCAAAUAACCGUGGAAGAGUGAAAAGAAAGUAGAUUAUGGUUGACUAAUAUUGAAAAAUAGACGUAACAUUUCGGGUCAUGCCAUAAUUCAAGAACAUGUCAAUUAGCAUUUCAUGGUGUUGUCUCCCUUCUUUGUAAUUUAUUUUGUUUUUCUGUCUAAUAUUUUCCUCAAAUCUUGUAUUUGAUGUUGUUGGUGCCAUCUUGAACAACUGUAAGAUAUCAUGGAGCCCUCAGUAUAAUAACUUAAAACUUGGUGUUUUAUAACUGUUUGUUUCAUUACUUUGUUUUCUUGUAUAGUGGUUUAUAAUAAUAAUAAUAAUAAUAAUAAUAAUAAUAAUAAUACUAUAAUAUAUGUAUACAUAUACAUAUACACACACACAAAAAUUAUAAACAGAAAAUGCAUUUUCUCUGCUUUACUCCAGGUUGGAAAAACCAUUAACAUAAUAAUAAAGCCUUCAUGCUGAUAAUUGUGUAAGACAUUAGUAUAAUUGGUGGAAAGCGAGUGGGAGGAUGGCGUUUAGAUCAGAUAAUAUAGUUAGAGAUAUUGUUACUAUGGUGAUCACUCUUAACAUGUGGUUUCAUUUACCUUCAACCAGGCUAAUAAACUGGACUUUGAGAACAAAA